AUGCCAGAAGCGAGCGAAGAAGUCUCAACCAUCGCUCUUGAACCCACACACCCAAUGCUUAUCAAACCAUCCUCGACGCCAUCGACCAUCAGUCACAUGCCAAUGUUCGCUGCUCCACAAGAAUUAUGCAUCAACGAACCAACGGGAUCAUUCUCAUUCGGAUGUUCCUCAUUUUAUGCGGUUUGCUCGUACGGCAAAGCACACCUGGAGCUUUGUGAAGGCAAUCUGAGAUUCGAUAUUGAGUCGGGAGUUUGCGUUGAGGAGGUGUUUGUUGAUGCAUGUACUGAACACCUGACAACCGAACCGACCACACCAACCACACCAACCACCGUAUCUUCUGAUGCAACAUCACCGUGUCCAGGGUGCCCACCGUGCAUC